AGCAGAAAUGCCAAUGCUGGCAUUUGCUUUAAGUUUUUAUUUUUCUCUUUCAACUGCUUUUUACUUCCACGUAGGGGAACGAGAGGAGAAAUGCAUCAUAGAAGACAUUCCAAGUGACACGCUGGUAACAGGGACUUUCAAGACACAGCAGUGGGACUUCCGCAGGCAGGAUUUCCUUGAAUCUGCUCCGGGCCUGGGGAUGUUUGUGACUGUCACAACCUACAACGAUGAGGUAUUAUUGUCCAAGUUAUACGGCCCACAAGGAAGAUUCUAUUUUACUUCACAUUCACCUGGCGAACACAUCAUUUGCUUGGAAUCUAAUUCUACGAGGCUUGUGUCCUUCGGUGGCAGUAAGCUGCGGAUCCACUUAGAGAUUCGAGUUGGACAACAUGACCUUGAUGCGGCCAUUGCUCAAGCAAAGGACAAAGUUAAUGAAGUUAGCUUUAAGCUGGAACAUCUAAUUGAGCAAAUUGAGCAAAUAGUCAAAGAACAGAACUAUCAAAGGGACCGUGAAGAAAAUUUUCGGAUGAUCAGUGAAGAUACAAAUAGCAAUGUUUUAUGAAGGGCGAAAUUAACCCCAGUGAUAUAUACUUAACCCAGGACGCCAAGAAUACUUGCCGGUCUGUAAACAGUACGAGAUCAUGGAGACGCUACACUGCUUUCCCGACCCGCAGCCCGGGAAGCCAAGUGCCUGGCACGGCAGGCACAGGUCACUCGGAGCUCGGCGGUCGGGGCUCCACCAACACUGCGCACAACCAAGGGCUCCAAUCGCCAAGCACUGGCCAAGUCUCUGCUUUUCCAUUUCCCCGCAUGACCGCCAACUGUCCAGACCCCCGCCACCUGUGCACUGGCCACCCCGCCGCUGCCCUGCCUACCCGGUCUGUCCCCUGCCCCGUCCAAGCCCGUCUCCCACCCACACUCCGGGUCUGUCCACCGCCCUGGUCCAGGGGGCCAGGUCCGUUCCCCUCCAGGCCCAUCUCCUGCCUGCCCUCUUGGUCUGUCCACUGCCCCGGUCCAGGCCCGUCCCUAUCCAGGCCCAUCCCCCUCCCGCCCGCCCCUCCAGGCCCGCCCUGGCCUGUCCCUGUCCAGGCCUAUCCUCCUCCCACCCUUCCUGG